AUGCCCACAGACAGUCACCUCCACAACCCCCAGCGCAGACAGCACCCACCAGCAGACAGCAGACAGCACCCACCAGCAGACUUGUCCCUGCUGGACACCGACCCCCGAGCCUGGUUGGCCCCGGUGUACCCCCCGGCACCUGCCCGGCACACGCCGAGUACCUGUCGCCCGGAUCGUCGACGAGACGCUGUUGGGAGCCGACGGCGACUUGGAGGAGGAGGAGGAGGAGGAAGAGGGAGAAGCCCCAUGAAGGUGCGGGAGCUGUGUCGGCUGAAGGGCUUGGGGCUGGGGGUGGGGGAGCUGGGCUGCCGGCAGCGGGCGCCCCCCAGUCGGCAGGUGAACGGAGUGCAGAAGCAGCGGAGGUUGGCGGCCAACGCCCGGGAGCGGCGGCGGAUGCACGGCCUGAACCACGCCUUCGACCAACUGCGGAACGUCAUCCCGUCCUUCAACAACGACAAGAAGCUCAGCAAGUACGAGACCUUACAGAUGGCCCAGAUCUACAUCACAGCCCUGGCCGAGCUGCUGCAGGGGGGAGGGGGAGGGGGGGAGCGGGGGGGGGGGGAGCAGCCCCCAAAGGCGAGCCGCGAGGAGGAGGAGGAGGAUCUGUCAUCGUCGUCUUCCCCGGCCCUGGUGGGGCAGAAGAAGGCUUCCCCUCGGUCCCACCGCAGCGAUGGGGAGUUCUCCCCUCACUCGGGCUACAGCGACUCAGACGUGGCCCUGGAUCUGCAGAGCGAGGAGGAGGAGGAGGAGGAGGAGGAAGAUGAGGAUGAGGAUGGUGGUGUUGGUGUUGGUGAUGAACUCUCUGAACUGGUGCAGAAUUACUAACAUCCCACCCACACC